CCCAGGGAGGCGGAGAAGAGGUGGGCGAGAACCAUGGCGGCGGUGGUGGCGGCGGCGGCAGUGCGGGCCCGGAUCCUGCAGGUUUCUUGCAAGGUAAACUCCACUUGGUAUCCAGCAUCCUCAUUCUCUUCUUCUUCAGUGCCAACUGUGAAGCUCUUCAUUGAUGGGAAAUUUGUUGAAUCCAAAAGUGACAAAUGGACCAACAUCCACAACCCAGCCACUAAUGAGGUCAUUGGUCGAGUCCCUCAGGCCACUAAGGCUGAAAUGGAUGCAGGUGUUGCUUCCUGCAAACGUGCUUUUCCUGCAUGGGCAGACACUUCAGUAUUAAGCCGUCAACAGGUCCUGCUACGCUAUCAACAACUUAUUAAAGAAAACUUGAAAGAAAUUGCCAGGGUAAUCACGCUGGAACAAGGGAAGACCCUAGCUGAUGCUGAAGGAGAUGUAUUUCGAGGCCUUCAGGUGGUUGAGCAUGCCUGCAGUGUGACAUCCCUCAUUCUGGGAGAGACCAUGCCAUCCAUCACCAAAGACAUGGACCUUUAUUCCUACCGUCUGCCUCUGGGGGUGUGUGCAGGAAUUGCUCCGUUCAAUUUUCCUGCCAUGAUCCCCCUUUGGAUGUUUCCCAUGGCCAUGGUGUGUGGGAAUACCUUCCUAAUGAAACCAUCAGAGCGAGUUCCUGGAGCAACUAUGCUUCUUGCCAAGUUGCUCCAGGACUCUGGUGCCCCUGACGGAACACUGAAUGUCAUCCACGGACAACAUGAAGCUGUAAACUUUAUUUGUGAUCAUCCGGAUAUCAAAGCCAUCAGCUUUGUGGGAUCCAACAAGGCAGGAGAAUACAUCUUUGAGAGAGGGUCAAGACAUGGCAAGAGAGUUCAAGCAAAUAUGGGAGCCAAGAACCAUGGGGUAGUCAUGCCAGAUGCCAAUAAGGAAAAUACCCUGAACCAGCUGGUUGGGGCAGCAUUUGGAGCUGCUGGUCAGCGCUGCAUGGCUCUUUCAACAGCGAUCCUUGUGGGAGAAGCUAAGAAGUGGCUGCCAGAGCUGGUGGAGCGUGCCAAAAAUCUGAGAGUCAAUGCAGGAGACCAGCCUGGAGCUGAUCUUGGCCCUCUGAUCAGUCCCCAGGCCAAAGAGCGAGUCUGUAAUCUGAUUGAUAGCGGAACAAAGGAGGGAGCUUCCAUCCUUCUUGAUGGUCGAAAAAUUAAAGUCAAAGGCUAUGAAAAUGGCAACUUUGUUGGACCGACCAUCAUCUCAAAUGUCAAGCCAAAUAUGACCUGUUACAAAGAGGAGAUUUUUGGUCCAGUUCUUGUGGUUCUGGAGACAGACUCUUUGGAUGAAGCUAUCAAGAUUGUAAAUGACAAUCCAUAUGGAAAUGGAACUGCCAUCUUCACCACCAAUGGAGCCACUGCUCGGAAAUAUUCCCACCUGGUGGAUGUCGGACAGGUGGGUGUGAAUGUCCCCAUUCCAGUGCCUUUGCCAAUGUUCUCUUUCACCGGCUCUCGAUCUUCCUUCAGGGGAGACACCAAUUUCUAUGGCAAACAGGGUAUCCAAUUCUACACUCAGCUAAAGACCAUCACUUCUCAGUGGAAAGAAGAAGAUGCUACCCUUUCCUCACCUGCUGUAGUUAUGCCUACCAUGGGCCGUUAGAAACAAAUUUGUUCCAAACUCAGUCCAUCCUAAGUAAUCUCCCUUUAUUCUUGACCAACUUCAUUUGCAAACUUUGCUCAGAUCAGAUCCCUGGGAAUGGAAUACCUUGUAACUAAAAUCUUUCUCAGGACCAUUAGCCCCUGCAAAGUUGCUAUAGGGAGACUCCUAGUAUAACUCUGAAACCAGAUUUUCACUUGCUCUUCAUACUUCUAUUUUUGUGAUAACUGUUUUAACUGUGAAAUGCUUAUCUAGAACGAAAGCUUAGACCUGUUUUCUAAAAAUUCUCCCUUUUUCUGAUGACUUGGAGGAAGGGAAGAUUAGUGUAUGCAAAGAAGAUCUUCUAGUAAUUGGAAGAUGACCUCUUGGAUGGGAAAAUCGGACAGAAAUAAUUAACCCUUUGAUUGAUCCUCAGACACAGCCCUAUGUAAAUGCUAGUGGGAGAGACCCCUUUGUCAAGCUUUCCUGAGCCUCCAUUUAUCCCACACUACACAAGAUAUAAUCCAUUUCUACUUAUCCCACAAUUGUGACAACUGCGUCAUUCUUUUCUGCUGAAUACCACUUUGUCCUAGUGAUUCAUGACCACUAAUUCUAUCAUUGUCAUUGUUCCUACUUCUUUUUUUUUUGUGAGGAAGAUCGACCCUGAGUUAACAUCUGCCAAUCCUCCUCUUUUUGCUGAGGAAGACUGGCCCUGGACUAACAUCCAUGCCCAUCUUCUUCCACUUUAUAUGGGACGCUGCCACAGCAUGGCCUGCCCAGCGGUGCAUCAGCGUGCACCCGGGAUCCGAACCGGCAAACCCCGGGCUGCUGCAGCGGAGCGCACACACCCAACCACUUGCGCCAGUGGGCCGGCCCUGUUCCUACUUCUUAAAAUCACUUCUCAAGGUUACCUCAGUGUGCGUUGAAUACAUCAACUUUUUGUUGUGUGUGCCAAGUGUUAAAUUUCAGGGUUUGCUUCAGCAAUCAUUAACUAAUGCUUCAGUCAUUAAUUCAGAUGCCAAUAGGUUUCUUUAGAAAGUCAUUUCAAAAGUUAUUUUAGGCCCCAGACAUCAAGGGGUGUUCUAACCAUGAGAGUGGGCAAGACUCUUGCCUUAAGCAAGUCUAACCUGAUAUUACUUGCCGAACUUUUUACGUUGUUCUUUCCUCUUGCCUGCAUUUCUCAUUAGUGAUACUUUUUCAUGAAAGAACCCUUAGUGUGCAGUAAUUGAUUGGGGCCUAAGAAAUUUCAAAGCUUUUUAUGAUGUAAAGUAGUAAAAAAAAGAGAUGCUUUGACAGAUUCUUCUGUCUGUAUGCUUUUUGUUUCUUUGAUAUACCUAAACUGUAAGUCAGAACAGAAAUUGAUGUGCUAAACAGAAUAGAGUCUGUGUUUUUGCUCUACCAUCCUAAUUCAAUCCUGUCGUUUUGAUACGGUUUUCACCCAAUGAACUAGGAGAAACCUACUGGCUCUGAUAGACUAAUUUCUGGUCCUCAGCCAGACGACAUAGGUCAUUUAUUUUUCUACUUCCUUGUUAAUCAGGUGGAUAAUGCUAACCUAUUCCAUGGGGGUUAUUCAGUGAAUUAAGGAUAGUGAAAACCUUGAAAACGUUUGUGUACUCUGGAUUUUAGGCUUAUUACUGCCAGCUGCUGGAUAGAAUGUCAAAAUCUUUAAUCACUUAAGGUGACUGGAUCUUUAAUAAAAUACAUUUAUGACCCCUCUGGGUCUUUUUGGGGUGGGGGUGGGGCGGGAUUUGCCUUCCUAAGGGCAAGGACACAGAAAUUUACAAUUUGGUGAUAGAAUGCCCCCUGUUUCAUUUUUUUUUUGGUGAGGAAGAUUUGCUCUGAGGUAAUAUCUGUUGCCAAUCUUCCUCUUUUUGCUUGAGGAAGAUAAGCUCUGAGCUAACAUCUGUGCCAAUCUUCCUCUGUUUUGUAUGUGCGUUGCCACCACAGCAUGGCUGACAAGUGCUGUAGGUUUGGGAUCCAAACCUGCAAACCCUGGCCACCAAAGUGGAGCAUGCCAGACUUAACCUCUACGCCACAGAGCCAGUACCCCCCUGUUUCAUUUCUUAUCACAGCUGGCAACUGGUAGUGAUAUUUAAUCCAAUCCAACAACUACAAGCUGGGUUGAAUAAAAGGUCAUAUUAUCUAAAUUCCAAGUGGAAUUAAAUAUAAUCACAGAGACUCCUAAGUUUUCCUUACAUUUAAGGGAAAUCAGUUUUUUAAAAAUAAUAACGAAUCAGAAUUGCCUCGCUCUAAUUGGAAUCAACUCCUUUGGCUAGCUACUUGCUACUCAAAAGAGUUUCUUGUUUCUUAGAUGGAAAAAAAAUCUGUACAGUUAUGUUCAUGCUAGUAGCAGCUAAAAAAUUCAGCGUUUUAUUUUCUUUUUGUUCUGAUGUGGCCUCAUUUGAAAUUUCUCAGAUUCUACAUUGUACUAAUUGAUUAUGAAUAACAAAUUACAAAUAAAAAGCUCUUAAAAAGAAAACCUGGCUUUUUUUUUCAUGGUGCC